AUGGCUACCACUAUCACUGCUAUCAAGGCUCGCGAGAUCCUCGAUUCUCGUGGCAACCCCACCGUCGAGGUCGACCUCUUCACCAACAACAAGGGUAUGUUCCGCGCUGCCUGCCCCUCCGGUGCCUCCACUGGUGAGUUCGAGGCCGUCGAGCUCCGUGAUGGUGACAAGACCCGCUUCCAGGGUAAGGGUGUCCUUAAGGCCGUCGCCAACGUCGAGAAGAUCAUCGCCCCCGCUCUGAUCGGCAAGGAUGUCACCGACCAGGCUGGUAUCGAUAAGUUGAUGGUUGAGGAGUUGGACGGCACCCAGAACCAGUGGGGCUGGUGCAAGGCCAAGCUCGGUGCCAACGCCAUCCUUUCCGUCUCCAUGGCUGUUUGCCGUGCCGGUGCCGCCGCCUCUGGCAUGCCCCUCUACAAGUACAUUGCCAAGCUCGCUGGCAAGGACACUGAGAAGUUCACCAUGCCCUGCCCCUGCUUCAACGUCAUCAACGGCGGUAAGCACGCUGGUAACCGUCUUGCUUGCCAGGAGUUCAUGCUCGUUCCCUGCGGUGCCAAGUCCAUCCACGAGGCCAUCAGGAUCGCUUCUGAGGUCUAUCACGAGCUCAAGUCUGUGAUCAAGGCCAAGUACGGUCAGGACGCCACCAACGUUGGUGAUGAGGGUGGAUUCGCCCCCAACAUCCAGGAUAUGGAUGAGGCUCUUUCCGUCCUUCUCGAGGCCAUCAAGAAGUCCGGUCAUGAGGAUACCUGCCGUAUCGGUUGCGAUUUCGCCGCCUCUGAGAUCUAUGAUGCCAAGACCGGCAAGUACGAUCUUGACUUCAAGAACUCCGAGCCCCAUGCCGAGGCCGAGUUGACUGGUGAUGAGUUCAUCAAGUACCAGGAGAACCUCAUGAACAAGUAUCCUUUCGUCUUUAUCGAGGAUCCCUUCGAUGAGAACGACUGGUCCACUUUCGCCAAGUUCACUGCCAAGGACGGUAAGGAGAUUCAGAUCGUCGGUGAUGAUCUCCUUGUCACUAACCCCAAGCGUAUCCAGAAGGGUAUCGAGGAGAAGAGCGUGAACGCCCUUCUUCUCAAGGUCAACCAGAUCGGUUCCGUCACUGAGUCCAUCGAGGCCAACAACAAGGCCGUCGAUGCCGGCUGGACCGUCAUGGUUUCUCAUCGUUCCGGUGAGACUGAGGAUACCUUCAUCGCUGAUAUCGUUGUCGGUCUCGGAACUGGCCAGAUCAAGACUGGUGCUCCCUGCCGUACCGAGAGGUUGUGCAAGUACAACCAACUCAUGCGCAUUGAGGAGGAGCUCGGUGACAAGGCUGCCUUCGCCGCCGGCAAGAACUUCCCUCGUUGCCAGUAA